CGGCUGCCUUCGGCGAGUCGACAGUUUGGCGUUCGGUGUUGCUAGGCGCGAGGGCCACUGUCAGUGCCAAGGCGGCAGCCGGCAACCUUCUCGUGCGACCGCGAAUCGUGCCACCUUUUUCUUCGUUUCUCUUGCUUUCGCCGUACAUCCGUUCCGUCAUUCCUCAUGGUCUUUCUCUCGCGACUGGUCCCGCAAUAUUUUCUCAUUGUUUUUCACUCGCGAGCCAACGCCUCUGUCGAGGAUGCAUUUUCGAGACUGUUCCAACGGCGAACCGGCACCCGGUCUCUGGGUUGCUUCUCUUUGGCAGCACUGCGUCGCCGUCGUGGUGGUGCUGCGUCUGCGUGCGUGUGUGCGUGAAAAGCCCGAGGAAGAACAUCAUGGAGACACGCGAAUUCAGUAAAGUGACGAACGAUGAUGGGAUGUCCAUUGAACCACCUUUCUCGUGCCACACGGUUGCGCCAUUCUAUAGGAAUACCGCUUUCGAUGGAACCGGCAACCAGCUUUUUCCGGUUCCCUUGGCUGCCCCACGAUCGAUCACGCGAUGGCUGGUUGCAGUGAGCAGGCUCCACUGCGAAUCCGAGUCCUUCAAAAUGGACUUGAUCCUGGACAUCAACAGCUGGCUCUACCCCAUGGAACUCGGUGAUAAAUUCCGGCUUGUUCUUGCAACGACCUUGAGAGAGGACGGCUAUCCAGAUGGAGGGGAGUGGAACGCGACGGAACAGGAAGGCGGUUCCAGAGCAGACAGUUUUGAAUACGUGAUGUCCGGCAUGGUGUACCGAAUCGAAGGUGACGAAGCAAGCAACGAACCCAGCAGUAGACUAUCUGCCUACGUAUCCUUUGGAGGAUUGCUGAUGAGGUUACAGGGUGACGCAAAUAACCUUCACGGUUUUGAGAUCGACCAACAUAUGUACCUACUCAUGAAGAAAUUAGCGUUCUAACUGCGUCACGUGCAUUACAAUUAUUGACUUAGGAAAUGUCUAUGUUAAAUAUAUUCUUUUUGCGGAAAACGUAUUAUUAUGAGUCUAAGGUAAAGAUAAUUGAACUGUUAGAAAUUUUUAAUAAUUAAUAUGUGUGCACAAAGAAAUUUGUUGUAUAUGUGUAUUUGAUUGGAAACAGUACACUGAUAUGAAGAUGAAAUAUUAUGUUACGUAGCUGAUUGAUCACUUUACAUUUUCCGUCUCAUGAAUGUUGAUUAAGCAUUGUCAGUGCCACUACGAUUCUCAGAUACAUGGUAAUUAAUAAACGUAUUUUUCCACGUAAAAA